AUGGCUACUUCGUACGAGACAGCGGCCGAGACUAAGAGACCAUCGAAGUUGUUAUUCUGGAUUGCUGUCAACAUCAUUGCCACUACAGCCAUCGUCUUCAUCAACAAGUCCAUCUUCGACGACCCUUCCUUCCGUGGAGCCCAGGUCUCCUUCGCAACCUUCCACUUCCUGGUCACGUUUGCCACUCUUCAUACUGUGUCUUCGACGAGAUUCGGCUUCUUCGAUCGGAAGCGAGCAGCGCUUCGAGACAUCCUUCCGCUUGCCGCAGCUAUGUGCCUGAAUGUCAUCCUUCCAAACCUCUCUCUCGCCUACUCGUCUAUCACCUUCUACCAAACCGCCAGAGUUUUAUUGACGCCCAUCACUGCGUUCUUGAACUAUGUUCUGUACCAGAAGACCGUCCCAAGCAAAGCUGUAUGCGCUCUGGUGCCUGUGUGCGCUGGCGUGGCUAUGGUGACCUACUUUGACAUGGGAGCACUGCAACAAAAAGCUCAACGUGAACUGGAUGAAGAGAAAGCAAGAACUCGUCAACUUCAGGCCAAACUCGACGCUUUGCAACAGACCGUAGCCGAUCUGAGAGACGAGCUGCGCCUGAAGCAGGUUGCAUCUGAUGAGCAUUCAACGACUUCGGUGACAGGCGAAGACACCAACCCACAGGCCAUGAUGCUUUCUCCAAAACAAGAGUAUACCAUCAUGCAACAAAUGAAACCUCCUUCUCCUCCACCGACCGCUUCUCAAGAAGAAAAUGUGAGAGAAGAAGACACGAAAGAGAAGCUCAGCGAUGAUAUCAACCGCCUUAAGCGAGAAAUAGCUACGUUGGACAAGAAGCUCAAGGUGGCAAAGAAUGAGGCCGCUUCGACAAGGGAGGACAAAAACGAUCGCACAAAUGAGGAUUACAAGAGACUGAAAGCAGAACUCAAGAGCCAGAAGGCUAGGAAAGAAGCACAAAUCGCAAAGCUUAGCGCCCAGGUCGAAGAGCUGACCACUCGAACAAUCAAAGCUGAUACUGAGCCAAACAUUCGAGCCAACGUCACUUCGAAAAGAGCGCCUGCGGAGAGAAAGAGAAAGUUCUGA